AUGGCGUACGUUUCAACAUUAUCUGGAACUGAUGCUGAAGAUCACGGACGUCUCCGUGCUUCUACGCGUGAUGCCUCUCUCAUUCAUGAACUUCUCCGUGAAAUACGUGAAGAAAAUCAUGAUAUGGAAGCCUUUUCUGCUGAUUGCAACGAUCAUUGUGCUAAUGCUGUAGUACGACCACCUGCACGACUUGGGAUAGUUAGAACGCACAAUCAGAAUUGUGUCACUGGACUUCUUGCAGCCUUACAACAUUCCAUGGACCAUGCCGAUAGCUACCGUUCCCAGCCUGUGUUGCUUGAGGCUCCAUCUACAUGGAAUUUUCAACCAGAUGUAAAUUAUACUUUUGGUUCAGCUGCAACACGAUCUUCCUCGUCAGAUUCGUCAUCCACACGUUCAUCUUCACCUCCACCGCCACCAGGAACUUUUCGACGCGGUAAUCCGCUUCAUGGUUUUCGUGGUGCUGAUCGUGAUGUUGAUGAUGAUGUGCAACUGUCAGAUGUUCUUGAAGAGCUGAACUUACACGACAGUUCCAAGAAGGAUGAUCAUGACACUCAACGUGAUUGGGCUCUUUCCAAGUUUCGUGUGCCCAAGUCAUACUUCAUGAGAUGUGCCGUCAAGUUUUCCAACACUAUCAGUCAGAGUUCAUUCUUUGGACUACGUGUGGGAACUGCUCCCCGGCGUCAGGUUUUUGGAAAUGCUUGGGCGCUAUUCUUGCCGGUUGUCAAAAAUGGAACUAUACCGAAAAUUCUAAAUCAAACACCGAGGUACAAAUAA